ACUUUACAAUUCAUUAUAUUGAUGAAGCAGAAUAAGCACCAAACGCCCUAUAAAUCAUUGUAAAGGGAAGCUCCAUAUCUCUCACAGCAUUAUUAUUUCCCUUAAGUUUCCAAGCUUUAAACAGUUAUUCUCUUUUGUUUCCAAUAUAAUGGCAGAAGCAGGUCUCUCCAGCAUUGCAGAAGGAAUCACAGGCCAAUUGGGUAAAGCUGCUGUGAAAGAGAUUGCCUUGUUGUGGGGCGUUAAAGAUGAGCUUCACCAACUUGAAGACACCAUUAAAACUAUCAAAAGUGUACUUGCUGAUGCAGAAAAGAAACAAGUGCAAAGUGAACAAAUCAAAACAUGGCUCGAGAGGCUUGAAGAUGCUGUCUAUGAAGCUCAUGACUUGGUGGACGAGUUCUCUACUGAAGAUUUGCGACGACAGGUGAUGACUGGGAAUAUAAUGGCCAAGCAGGUACGAACUUUCUUCUCAACAAAAAAUCAAUUAGCUUUUCGGCACAAGAUGGGAAAAAAAAUCAGAGAUCUUACAAAGAAACUAGAUAAGAUUGCAGAAGAUCGGCAUAAGUUCAACUUAGAUGUAGAUCUUCAAGAGACUCACGUAGUGACUUCCACAGUUAGGGUAGAAGAUGUUGUUGGAAGAGAUGCUGAGAAAAUGAAAAUCAUAAAACUUUUGUUUGAAAUGAAAACUGAGGAAAAUAUAGGUGUAAUCCCCAUAGUUGGUGUUGGAGGACUGGGAAAAACAACACUUGCACGACAAGUUAUCAAAGAUGUGAGGGUUAAAGACCACUUUAAGCCCAUAAUGUGGGUAGAUGUACCUAAGGUUUUUCACGUGGAGUCAAUUGUUAAGGCAAUUAUUAACUCUGGAGUUAAAGAUGAGGGAAAAAAUAUGUAUCAAUUGCGAAAAGACCUUGAAAAAAAAAUAAAAAGGAAGCAAUACCUCCUUGUCCUUGAUGAUGUAUGGGGUAUUGAAAAUCGAGAAAAAUGGUUGGAGUUGGAAAGCUUGUUAAGGGAUGGUGCCAGUGGAAGUAGAAUAAUAGUAACCACCCGUAAUAAAAUGAUUGCAAAAAUUAUUAAUGGCCCGGAGGGAUUAACUUAUUUUUUAGGGAUCUUAGAUGAGGAGAAGUCAUGGUCUUUGUUUAAAAAAUUGGCUUUUAUGCAAGGGCAAGAGCCAAACGAUCGCGACCUUCUUGAAAUUGGAAAGAAGAUUAUGAACAAAUGUGGAGGAAUCCCGCUAGUUCUAAGAACAAUUGCAAGUAUGUUAUAUUCCGUAAAACAUGAAGAGUGGUCAUCUUUCAAAGAAAAGGAACUAUCAAUGGUAUCUGAAUAUCAUGAAAAUGUUAUAUCCAUAUUGAAAUUGAGCUAUGAUCAUCUCCCAUCACAUUUGAAACAUUGUUUUGGCUAUUGUAGCUUAUUUCCUAAAAAUUAUAUUUUCAAUGUGGAGAUGCUAAUAAAUCUUUGGAUGGCUCAAGGAUUUAUUAAGUUAUCAGAUGAUCAUAAUCAAUGUUUGGAGGACAUGGGUUAUCAACAUUUUAAAGAUUUACUUUAUAGAUCUUUUUUUGAAGCUGUUGAAAUUGAUGAUGAUUCUUUGAAGGUAACACAAUGCAAGAUGCAUGAUUGUAUGCACGACCUUGCAACAUCCGUGACCGGAAAAAAAAAUCUUAUAUUAAGUUCAAAUGAUGAAAAAAGUGAUGAAAGAACUCGCCAUGUAUCAUUCAAUUUUUCUUUGGAUUCACAGCAACAGGUUCAAGCUUUAUCGGUUAAUACAAAAAGGAUUCGAACAAUUUUUCACCCUCGUAGUAAAUAUGAUGAGCACAGGUAUCAUGGAUACAGGGUGGUGGACAAAUCAAUUCUAAAGUGUAAUUUUCUACGCACUUUGGAUCUUCAAUGUUCAAAUCUUAAGAUAAUACCUGAUUCUAUAGGUAAUCUGAAGCAUCUUAGGUAUCUUGACCUUUCAAGGAAUUACAUGAAGGCAUUGCCCAAUUCUAUUACAAGGUUGCAAAAUUUGCAAACACUAAAUUUCUCCUAUUGCAACUAUCUUCGAGAAAUACCGAGUGACAUUGUAAAACUGGUCAACCUUCGACAUCUUUAUAUUGAGAGUCAUCUGGGUACCACUUUACGUUAUAUGCCAGGUGGACUAGAUCAACUGACUAAUCUACAAACAGUGUCACUACUUCCACCGAGCCAGAAAAGAUGUCUUGAUCUAAACCAAUGGAUUCCACUGAAUAACGAAUCCUUUUUCUCGUAUCAUAUGUCAAAUUUGGAAGAUCUAAAUAUGCAUGAUAUUGGUGAUCUGAAACAUUUGCCAGAUGGGUUGAAAAGCCUCACUUGUCUCGAUAAGCUGAGCAUAUCAAGAUGUUCAAAAUUGGAAUCCUUAUCUCCAGGUCUUAACCAUCUCACAUCACUUCAACGAUUGGAAAUUGAGUUUUGUGAUAAGUUAGAGAUGUCAAAUGGUGGUGGUGAUGCAACAAUUCCGUGGCAACGCUUUCAAAGGCUCUCUGUUUUGAGGUUGAAUGGCCUUCCAAAACUAGUUGCUCUCCCUGAGGGGCUUCAACAACUUGCUACCCUCCAAGAAAUUCAAAUUACUGGAUGUAAAAACUUGAAGUUUCUUUUGGAAUAUGUCAUCUACAUACAAAGAUUAUAUAUUGUUGAUUGUCCCAAAUUGAAGUCGCUGCCUGAAGGGAUCGGCUCCGUAGAGAAAUUGGAAAUCAGAAAAUGUCCCAUCUUAUUGGAGAGAUGCCGAGAUGAUAUUGGGUAUUAUUGGCCUUUGAUUUCCCACAUCAAACAGCUGAUUUUGUCUCCAGUUUCAGAAUCAGCGGAGUUUUCAGGAGGAGAAGAGGUUAUUCUAGAGGGAGAAUCGAUUCCAAUGAAUAACGAAUCCUUCUUCUACCAUUUAUCCAAAUUGAAAUCGCUGCGCAUCAAUGGCAUUAAGGAUCUCCAGCAUCUACCGGAUGGGUUCAAAAGACUCACUUCUCUUGAGAAUCUGAGGAUUGAUAAGUGUUCAAAGUUGCAAUCCUUAUCUCCAGGUCUUCACCAUCUCACCUCACUUAAAAAAUUGAGGAUUCAUGGGUGCAGUGAGCUAGAGAUGCCAAAUGAUGAUGGUAGUGAUGCAAUUAUGUGGCAACACCUUCAAAGCCUCUCUGUGUUGCGGUUGGCUGGACUUCCAAAACUAGUUGCUCUGCCUCAAGGGCUUCAACAACUUACUACCCUCCAAGAAAUCAAAUUUUAUGGAUGUGAAAAUUUGGAGGCUCUUCUGGAAAAUAUCAGCAACCUCAAAUCGCUGAAGAGAUUAGAUAUUUGGGACUGCCCAAAGUUGAAGUCGCUGCCUGAAGGAAUCGAUUGCCUCACCUCUUUAGAAACACUGGAAAUUGGAAGUUGUCCCAUUUUAUUGGAAAGAUGCCGAGAGGAUAAGGGCGACUAUUGGCCUAAGAUUUCCCACAUCAGACAGCUGGAGCUGGAGCCGAUAAAAGAAGAGAAAUCCAUCUUUCCAAAAACUUGUGGGCUUUUCAAUUCUGCAAAAAUUUUCCAAGCAUUAAAGAGAAGGAGGCUAACACUGAUAUUAGAAUGGGUUGGUGAGAGAGGAGGGAGUUGAAUGAGAGAGGAGAUGUAGGUGGGGACUGGAGUGAUGAUUCAGAAUAAGAAAGCCGAGCUGAUGGCACUGCACUUCGCAAAACCUUGUGAUAUUUUGCAUAGUUACUCUAAGGUGGCAGUUUUGAGGGUUCUGAAAAUUUGUGGCAAUAAAAUGUUUCUUAGUUGAAGAUAUGAAAUUGAAAUUGAGGACCUUGGUUUUCAAAAUAAAGAGUUACUGAAAGGGAGAAGAUGCUACUGAAGAUAUUGGCAGAGGCCAUAGGUAUAUAUAUGAGUAUAUCUUCUGAAGAUUUGGCAGAGGUAAUCACAUUAUGUAUCAUGCAGCUGCUUAUUUUUGUCAUUUAUUUAUAAAGUGCUUAUAUCACUUACGUUGGUCACGCUUAAUAACCAUAAUAAUUUCAGUUAAUGGAUGUUUUAUAUGGAUUUAUAUAAUUAGAAGAACUAAGCAAAUUAGUUACCAGUCAGAGAUAUCUUUGGAGUUUUUCUUCCUACUUAUCAUGCCACAUAUACUAUACUAGUCAAGGAUACAUACACAUGCUAAGGAUUUACUAAAAAUAAAGAGGUGAUAAAUUUGUCUGUACAUUUCCUACUGUUUCUUAUUUUUGUUGUCUUCUUUCAUUUAGUUUGGUUAUGCUUAGAGAACUAAUCACUGGAUCCAAAUCAUUUAUGAUGCAGAGUUGCUUCUUGUUCGCUAUUGCUCUUUAUUUUAACAAGGUUUUACAGUUUAUUGGAUCUAUUAUAUUGUUUUCAAUUGUAGCAUUAUUUGGUUGUAAAAGUUGACUUCCAUAUAUUAGUCUUUAAUGACCAUCCCAUAUAUUAAUGAUCUGCUUUUGUUUUUGCUUUUUUUUUUUUUUUUUUUUAAUGAUUUUCUCCUAGGGUACAUAUUUCAUCUUGUUCUUUGACUUCUUCAUGCAUUAGGAUCUGGUUGGGUUUAUUGGCUUAUAUGCUAUCUCUGAUUGAGUCUCAUCAAAUUUAACGUCUUUUACAUUAGCAAAUAGAUAUAAAUUGUAGAUGUAUAUAAUUAGUAGUUACUCUUCUUUAUAUCUCUGGCUACUCAUCCGCUUUCCAAGAAAAUUCAACUUUACAGUGAUAAGCCUCAAGCCACACAUAUUAAGUUGAUGUAUGAAAGAUGGAACAACUUCAUUUGCUGUCACUUGAUUACUCUUCUUCUUUGUACUCCUGGCUGCUCAUCAGUUUUCCCAGAAAAUUUGACUUUAUAUGAAAAAUAUGGGACAGCUUGAUUUGCAGUAAUUUUGUUUCUUUUUUCAUUGUUAUAUAUUACAACUUGAUUAAGUCCUGCAUGUUUGAAUUGGAUGCUUUCUGGUAUCAAUCUGAUUAAUCUUGUUUCUCUUUUAGACUACAAUAACUUCCUCUUAAUUAUUAAAGCUAAUAGUUUGUGUAUAAACUACAAUUUUUAUAUAUACAACAGACAAAAAAUUGAACUUGUUAUAUGCGGUUACUCAGAGAGAGCAGAUGCUACUGAAGAUUUUGGCAGAGGCCAUGGAGAUGUAUCUAUAUAUAUGUGUAUAUUUUCUGACGAUAUGGCAGAGAUAAUCACAUUAUGCAUCAUGCAGCUGCUUAUUCUUGUCAUUUAUUUAUAAAGAGCUUAUGUCAUUUGCAUUCCUCACCCUUAGUAAGCAUAAUAAUCUCAGUUAAUGGAUAUUUUUUAUAUAGAUGAAUAUAAUUAAUACACCUAGGAAAAUUAGUUACCAGUCAGAAAUAUCUUUGGAGUUUUUCUUCCAACUUAUUAUAGCAUGAUUACUAUACUAAUCAGGAUAUAUAUGCUUUGGGCACACAAACUUAAGGAUUUACUAAAUAUGGUACAACUUGAUUCACUAUGAUGCAGUCACUCAGAGCAGAUGAUGGCACUGAAGAUUUGGUAGAGGCCAGAGGCCAUGGAGAGACUGCCAGGAAAGAAGAUAUACAAAAAUUCAGCAGAAGGAAUGAUUAUCCUGUGGCUUCUGGGGGACAUGGAUUCUCUAACAUUUGUUGAAAUAUGUUAUUGCAAAAGGGAGCAUGUAUGACUCUGUACCUUCUCUUUCUGUUUUGUUUCAAUGUUGGAUCCACAAUCAUCAUUGAGCAACCGUUGUAGACUUUCAGCAACCAUCGAGCAACCAUGUUAGUGGAAGAAUAUUGAAGAAGACCAUGCUAAUGAAUGAAGAACUCAAAAGAUAAUAAUGCUAAUUAUAUGAGAGCAGAGGAGGCUAAUACUGAUGUUAGCAUGCACGGUUGGGAGACAGGGGGAGUUUUGACAUGUUUCUAUUAUUGGGAGGACUCUGAAGUCAUGGGGAACAAAAUGUUGAGUGUCAGAGGUACUCUAAGAGGCUGAAUGAGAAACAGAUUGUUAUGCAGGGGAAUAAAACAGAGUUUGAUGUACGAUAUUCCUGGAGCUUAUUUCUUGCACUUAAAAGUUUAACCUUCAUCUGGCGUACUCUAUUGAAAUGGUUCCUGUACAGACCGUUCAUCACAAUGCUUACCGUAAGCACCAUUAUGUCAGAGAGGUGGCAUUAAAAUCAGUGAAAAGCUUGCUUGGGUUGAAGCGCUGUCUUUGUGCACCAUGGUUCCCCCUGCAUAUUAUGCUCAUGUUGCGGCCGUUCCAAGCUUACUUCUAUUGGAGCUGAGACUUCUGACACCAGAUCAAUGACCAGCGGUGCUGCUGCAGGUGUGGAGGCAUGGGACGAAGUGUGGGUGCGCGAGGCAUGCAGGCACCAGGUCUGAAUCCUGCUUUUGGGCCCUUGCCUGCAGACUAUGCAAUGCUUGAUUGCAAUGAUGAUAGAACAAGCAAAACUCGAGAUGUUAUACAUAUAUGUUCAAAUUCUUCAUUAUUACCUUUUCCCAAUCACUUUGGCUAUGUCUAAAACAAGCAAAACUUCUCACAAAUUUAGUCUGACGAGUUUAGAUUUUUAAAGUUUCAACUUGAGGAGGAAAGUUAUUUUCUUAUAUUUAUUUUAUGUUUUUCGGUUUUUCAAUAAA